AUGGAGCAGAUUGUGUAUGCCUGUACCUAUCGGCCGCACAGUGGUGAUCGGGAGACGACUCGGAUGUUCGACUAUCUCAGUGAGACGGCUGACAUGGUCCAACGUCGGUAUCCUGCUGCCCAAAUGGUAUUUCUGGGGGAUUUUAACGCUCACCACCAGGACUGGCUGUUCCCAUACCAGAAUACCGACCACGCCGGGAGAGAGGCGCUCAAAUUUGCUCUGUCGCUAGAUUCUACCCAGCUAGUCCAAGAAGCAACACGAGUACCCGACGUUGACGACCAUAAACCUAAUUGUUUGGACCUUCUGUUGACAACUGACCCAGACCGGUCCUCGGUAUCAGUUGCAGCUCCCCUGGGCACAUCUGAUCACUGUGUGGUAAAGUCAGUAUCUAACUUUCACCCUCUGGAUACAGGUCCUACCGGAACCAGACGUGUGUGGCGAUAUAAGUCGGCUGAUUGGGAUGAGAUGCAACACUUUUUUGCAUCCUACCCUUGGCGGCGGACUUGCUUCUCUUCCAGUGAUCCGUCGAGUUGCGAGCAAGAAAUAUCGGAAGUGAUACGUCAGGGGAUGGAGUACUUCAUUCCAUUUGCUGAUGUAUCACUAGAUGGCAAGAUCCCUAGGUGGUAUAAUGCAGAAUGUGCCGAAGCUGCAGCCCGUAAGGACUCAGCGUUUGCAGCGUGGGCUGAAGCCCGUACCCUUAAAUCUCCGGACAUAACUACGAGGAAGAGAGCAUUCAACUCUGCUGCCAAGUCCUACAAAAGGGUUCUUAAAAAAGCUCGUUUCAACCGUAUUAAACGCAUCGGAGCCCAACUAGCUUCCCAUCCGCGCGAUAGUAGAGCAUUUUGGUCACUCUCUAAGUCGGUUGAAAUGAGCUUCUGCCGUCCCUCGCUGCCUCCUCUGCUUAAACCAGAUGGAUCGCUGGCCUUUACUGCGACAGACAAGGCUAACCUUUUAGCGAAUCUGUUUGCAGAAAAUUCGCUCCUUGAUGCAGGUAGUGCCUCACCGCCCAGACAUCCACCUUGCGACUCUGUUAUGUCAGAACUACGCAUUCGCCAAACUGAGGUUUUGAGAGUACUCCGUAACUUGGACGUGAAUAAGAUGAUUAAGCUCAAACCAUUGAUCUAUAAAAGGGUUUUUUAUAAAUCAAUGGCUCAAUAA